AUGGCUAUAUUGACAAUUCUUAAGAGAGGAUCAGAUCAUGUUAGACGCCUUUUGUGCUCUUCAAGGCCUGUGGCAAUUCAAACAUCUCUUAACCAUAGUGUUUCUGAUCAGGACCUCCAGCAGCAACUAAAUCAAAUCCAUACAGGAAAAGGGCUUGCUUGA